AUUAUAAUUUCUUUAAAAAGGGAGGGUGGGGAGAGGCCAUGGCCGUCCCAGCCAAGAAGAGGAAGAUGAACUUCUCUGAGCGAGAGGUGGAAAUCAUCGUAGAGGAGCUGGAACUGAAGAAGCACCUGCUGGUGAACCACUUCAACGCCGGGGUCCCUCUGGCUGCCAAGAGUGCGGCCUGGCACGGCAUCUUAAGAAGGGUCAACGCGGUGGCCACCUGCCGCAGGGAGCUGCCUGAGGUCAAGAAGAAGUGGUCUGACCUCAAGACCGAGGUCCGUCGCAAGGUUGCCCAGGUCCGGGCAGCGGUGGAGGGUGGCGAGGCCCCAGGGCCCACAGAGGAGGAUGGAGCCGGUGGGCCUGGGACAGGUGGUGGCAGUGGCGGCGGUGGCCCAGCUGUAGCCCCCGUCCUGCUCACCCCCAUGCAACAGCGCAUCUGCAACCUGCUGGGCGAGGCUACCAUCAUCAGCUUGCCCAGUACCACAGAGAUCCACCCCGUGGCCCUUGGACCCACAGCCACUGCAGCCGCAGCCACGGUCACCCUGACACAGAUCCCCACGGAGACCACCUAUCACACGCUGGAGGAGGGAGUGGUGGAGUACUGUACCGCUGAGGCGCCCCCACCCCUGCCCGCCGAGGCCCCCGUGGAGAUGAUGGCUCAGCACGCUGAUACCUCGGUCAAACCCCAGGCGCUCAAGAGCCGCAUUGCCCUCAACUCCGCCAAGCUGAUCCAGGAGCAGCGAGUUACCAAUCUGCACGUGAAGGAGAUCGCCCAGCACCUGGAGCAGCAGAACGACCUACUGCAGAUGAUCCGCCGCUCCCAGGAGGUCCAGGCCUGCGCCCAGGAGCGCCAGGCCCAGGCCAUGGAGGGCACCCAGGCAGCGCUGAGUGUCCUCAUCCAGGUCCUCCGGCCCAUGAUCAAAGAUUUCCGCCGCUACCUGCAGAGCAACACGCCCAACCCCACUCCCGCCUCUGACCCUGGACAGGUGGCCCAGAACGGGCAGCCCGACAGCAUCAUCCAAUGAGGACGGGGGUGGCGCCAGCCUUCUGCUCUGUUUGGAUGACGUCACUGUGGUCUUGUACGUGGGUUCUGUGACUGGCCACGUGGACAGCUCUCACUUUGAUAGACUGUUAGGGGUCCGCAGUUUCGGAGGAGUGAGGGAGACCGAGAAGAACUUGUUGGGCUCCUGGGACCCGCACUCUCUUACCCUCACCACUUGAGCUGCCUGGCUGACAGCCUGAAGAUUGGCUAGGUGGGCGGUGGGCGCUGGUGAGGCUCCACACCUUGUCAUGAGCCAGGGCUCGGGACACGACCCAGACCCUGUCUAGGACAACUGUAAGGGAGGUUCUCACUGGGGGCCGUCUGCCAGCCGGGGUCUGUGCUGAAAUUCUCCCCCUUCCCCCCCACCCCCCCCCCCCACCCAACCCAGUGUCAUCGUUUGGAAUAAGAUGUCAGUGGUGCUGGCAGUGACACAAUACCUUCUUCCUCCCUAGGGAGGCAGAGUGACUAGGCCUGAAGAGGAAACUCCACCCUUUUCUCCUUUGUACUGUGCCUCAGUUCUCAGGGGAUUCUAGUCAAUCUGUGCUCUCCCCACCCCCCACCCCAGCCCGGGCCUGACAGGGGCCCCCUUGGUAUAUACCCUGAGCUGCCUCUGCAUUACACCCAGGAUGGGGCCCGCUGGGCUCAGGGAUGCUGGGUGCGGUGGGGACAGCUUGGCCACCGUCUUGUCCUCCACUGCAUCCCUGGGCAGCCCUUUAGUGGUUUGUCCUGACAGCUCUUGACUCAGGUCGGGCAUCAGGCUUUAGGUGCUGUAAAUUCGAGAGAAAACAGACCCGCGUGGAAUCGUAUUGUUCCCCCCCUCCCCCCACCCGCCCCUGCAGUGAAUCUGAGGUGACCGGUUGGCUUCUUCCAGAAGGCUUGCUUCAAGCCAGCUGUCUUUAUUCUGUACCACGGACCCCUUCUGGGAAAGGGCGGGGGGCAGCUCUGGCCACACCCUUCCUCCUUUCCUCUCUACUGACUCCACGAUUCCGAAACUCAUUGUGGGAAAAAGCCUCCUCAGCAUCACGCCCCGGACUCCCUGUCCCAUUAUUCAGCGCCUCGUGUUCCUGCGGGACUCCCACUGCCUGGCUGGGCGAAUCGGAAGGCCUGAUUGGCCCCGAGUGUCUGAGGCAGGAGAGCCAGAGCUGACCUAAGACGCGGGACCUUUGACUUCUGUGCUCGGGGAAGAGCAGACCGACCUCGGAGUGCGGAAGGAGAAUCGCCAUCGAUCACCGAGACGCUCGCAUCUCCCCAGAUCAUUCCCCGGGAUUGCCAUUUUGCCGCCGGUGCCUUGGCCACGCGUGACCAACGGUUGCAACUCGAGGCUCCGGAUCUCAGCUAAACCAUGGAGGUGCUGCGCUUCUGGGCAUGUACGUUUGGAAUCGCUUGCUCUGCAGUUGCAAUCACCGGAAGAUGCUCCCAGAGAUGCUCGGGAGGUGACCGCAGUACAGUACGGUCCGCCCCCCCCUGUGGAGCACGGGUGCAGCGUCGGCUACAGAGCAAUGGAGAGGAAUCAGGCUGGUGAGGGGGUGAAUGGCGGAAAGAAAGCUCCGCGAGCUGGAAAGCAGCAGCCCCUGGCAGCCCGGGCACGCUCCCUCCGUGGAGCCCGACAGCCCUGGCCGGGAAGCUGUGGAGACUUCCUGAGGACUUGCCACUUGGUUUGGUUUUUCUCUGGGGUUGGCAACCUGAGCCAGUAUUGGAUCUGUUCCAAUUGGGUAUAAGGAGGAAUCCUGGAUCACUUAAACUGACUGCUUCUUUCCAGGUCAUAAUUUUAAAUUAAAAAAAAAAAAUGUAUCACUUUUUUUUUUUUUACACAUAUCCGUGUCUUUAUUGGUUAUAGGUGGAAGAGAUAUGGGCUGGCAGAGAGCAGGGGCUGGCACAGUAUGGCCCAGAGGUCAUAUCUGGCCCACCACCUGUCUUUGUAAAUAAAGUUUUAUUGGACACAGCCA